AAUAGGUGGUCAGUAUAUGAUGACAGUCGACUUUGAUACAUGUUCGUAUGUGCAUCGUUCUACGUACUGAAUGUUCUCGGAAAAAAUAGUCUUCAUGUAGAAAAACUCCUUCGUCUUUUAAAUACGGCAUCCUUUUUUUAAUAACUAGUUUUAUUCAAGUUCAAAUAUACCUUCUCGGAUACACUGAUUAUUUUCAUUUAGUUGCAGCUAAAGUGACGCUGAUUGAUCACAUUCAGGAUUUGGAAUCUACGAUCUACGAAAUAUUUUUGGGAAAAUGGUUUCGGACACAAAGACUUUUACCGUAGAAAAUGGCGUUUACAUAGGACAACAGACGCACCAAUCAAUUAAGUAUAAGAGUCUUGGAGAAUUAAUAUGGAUUAGUAUUAAAAGCCACGCGGACAAAAUCGCACAUUUAGAUGCAUGUACUGAUGAAACGUUUACGUACGUCGAGUUACAAGAUAAAACUGUGAGAUGCUCCGUGUGGCUGCAGAAACAAGGAAUUAGACCUGGCGACGUUAUCAGUGUAUGCACAAAUAAUCAUCCAAACUCCAUCGUGCCCUGUCUUUCGGCGGCAUAUACUAACGCAAUCUUUAAUCCAUGGAAUGAAAAUAUGGACUUGCAAACUGCGCUGCACGUUUUGCAAUUGGCCACGCCGAAAAUAAUCUUCUGCAAUGAGAAAUCGGUUGAUGCUAUCUUGAGUGCUAUAAAGGAAAAAAAUUGCAAUCCUACGGUAGUAGUUUUUGGCAAACAUGUUAAUGCAAUUUCAUUCUCUGAUAUCUUGAAAAGUUGUACCGAUGUGGAAGUAGCAAAUUUCCGUUAUGCUGAACUCGACAACAUCAAACAGACAGCGUGCAUCAUGCACUCGUCGGGCACAACAGGGUUGCCGAAAGGUGUUGAACUAUCCAAUCGCACUAUGAUGCUUAUCAGUGAGGAAAAAACUCUAGAUUUGACCAAUGCGUCGACACUUUGGUUUUCUUCUUUAUAUUGGAUCAGCGGAGUAAUGCUAAAUUUGAAAGCAAUCGCACAGGGUGCUAAAGUGAUCAUUUAUCCAGAAUUUGAUGAGGAAAUGACUUGCAAAUUGAUUGAGAAAUACAAAGUAGCAGUUAUGUUUCUGAGCACAAGCAUGAUAAAUCGAUUUGUCAGAGCAGGUUAUGCUGAGAAAUAUUCAUUACCAUCUUUAAAAGUCAUAUUAGGCGGUGGUGCGAUACUUAAAUCAAAAGUUCAAGAAGAAUUGAGACGCACUUUACCAUAUGUCCAGAUAUUACAAGGUUACGGAAUGACGGAAGUCGGUGGUCUCAUAACAUUGCAAUCACCUCACCAUAAGAACGGAUCUUGCGGAACAAUAACUAAAAAUAUACAAAUGAAAAUUGUAGAUCCAGAAAGUGGAAAAAUACUUGGUCCGAAUAAACCUGGAGAAGUAUGGAUAAAAUCUGCAAUUAUGAUGAAUGGGUAUUAUCGAAAUCCUGAAGCAACGAAAAGUACGAUUGAUGAAGAAGGAUGGUUACAUUCAGGUGAUAUUGGUUAUGUGGAUGAAGAUGGGGAAUUGUUCAUUAUUGAUAGGAUAAAAGAACUUAUAAAGUACAGAGGAUAUCAAAUCUCACCCGGAGAAAUUGAGGGUGUCUUAUUAUCGCAUCCAGCAGUGAUGGAAGUCGCAGUAAUACCGAUUCCUCAUGCAGUUGACGACGAACAUCCUCUUGCUUAUGUCACCAAAAAACCUGGCGCCAAGGGAACGGAACAAGAAUUAAUAGAUCUAGUGGCGAAUAAAAUGAUGGAUCAAUAUAAACUUCGUGCUGGAGUGAUAUUUUUGGAUGCUUUUCCAUACACAGGUUCAGGAAAAAUUGCGAGAAACGAUUUGAAAAAAAUGGCUAAAAAAUUGUUUAAGUCUAGUUAAUUAUAUCUUUUUAAUAAUGCAAAAUUUAUAAAUAUAUGUGUAUUAUAUGUAUAUUUAUAAAUUUUGCAUGUAUAUAUAGUAUAUGUAAUACAUGUUGUGCACUUCUUUCGAAUAAUUGAUAUUAGGGUAAUUCUGGUAUAUACAUAUAUGUUACAUCUAUUAGAAACUCAAUUAGUUAAGUAUUAUUUAGUAUGUUUAAGAUAAAUAAGUUAUACAAAUAAAAACUUUAUACUAUCUA